GCGGAAAUGGAAAGGCAAGAUCGUGAAAGAAGGAAGGAAGAAGAGAGGUUGAUACGUGAGAAACAACGAGAAGAGGAAAGAUCAAAGCGUGAGCAAAGACGGGAAAUGGAACGAAGGGAAAAAUUAUUGUUGAAAGAACAUUUAAGAGCCGAGAAAAAGAGGCUAAAAGAAGAGAUUCGCAAGGAGAAAGAGGAAGAGAGGAAGAAAGCUGCCCUUGAGAAGGCAAAUGCUCGUAGAAUGGCUAAAGAAUCUAUGGAGCUUAUUGAGGAUGAACAGUUGGAAUUGAUGGAGUUGGCCGCUGCAAGCAAGGGGCUUUCUUCUAUUAUUCAUAUUGAUCUUGAUGCUUUGCAAAACCUUGAAUCAUUUAGGGAUUCAUUGUGUGUAUUUCCACCCAAAAGUGUAAAGCUGAGAAAGCCAUUUGCCAUCCAACCCUGGAUUAACUCAGAACAGAAUGUUGGCAACCUUCUCAUGGUUUGGAAAUUCUUGAUUACUUUUGCUGAUGUCCUUGAAUUAUGGCCUUUUACUAUUGAUGAGUUUGUACAGGCAUUUCAUGACUAUGACCGGAGUACGGGACAGUCGAUUGGAGCUGGAUCUGAAUCACAUGGUCUCUACUACCUUCAGCCUUCUACCUCUACCAUAUGUGCAUCUAUUGAGUCUCCUGGUUUAAUCCAUCGUCGCCUGGGUCAUCCAAGCUUGAAUAAAUUAAAGAAAAUGGAUUCUAGAUUGUUGGGUGAGAUACAUGUUGCUCUGCUCAAGGUGAUAAUAAAAGACAUUGAAGAUGUUGCAAGGACACCUUCUACAGGAAUAGGGAUGAACCAGAAUGGAGCCGCUAAUCCCGGAGGUGGGCAUCCAUUGAUUGUGGAAGGAGCAUAUGCAUGGGGCUUUGAUAUACGAAAUUGGCAGAAGAACUUGAAUCAGUUGACAUGGCCUGAAAUUUUCCGGCAGUUAGUACUAUCUGCAGGAUUAGGACCGCAGCUGAAGAAAAGAAAUAUUACAUGGUCCUAUGCAAUUGAUAAAGACGAGGGAAAAAGUUGCGAAGAUAUCAUUUCUACACUCCGUAAUGGUUCAGGAGCUGAAAGUGCCGUGGCCAAAAUGCAAGAGAGAGGUCUGUUAGCUCCUCGAAGAUCAAGGCACAGGUUAACUCCUGGAACAGUUAAAUUUGCAGCUUUUCAUGUUCUCUCACUUGAGGGUAGUAAGGGUUUGACAGUACUAGAGCUUGCAGAUAAAAUCCAGAAAUCUGGUCUUCGGGACUUGACAACCAGCAAGACACCUGAAGCAUCAAUUUCUGUUGCUUUGACAAGAGACACUAAAUUGUUUGAAAGAAUAGCUCCAUCAACAUAUUGUGUACGGACUGCUUUCAGGAAGAAUCCUUCUGAUGCUGAGAACAUUCUUUCAGAAGCAAGAAAGAAAAUUCAAAUAUUUGAAAAUGGGUUUCUAGCUGGUGAAGAUGCUGAUGAUGUUGAGAGAGAAGAUGAAUCAGAAAGUGAUGAAGUUGACGAGGAUCCUGAAGAUGAUGAUUUAGUAAAUCCUUCAAGUGCAAACCAAAAUUCUGAACAGUAUGUUGACACAAACAUUUGCUCAUCAAAUGGAAAAGAAAAUUUGGGUCACAAUGUAGAUCUUAUUCAAAAUGAGUUUGAUACGGAUCUACCUUGUUUUCUUAAGAAUGUUUCUACAGAUGCUGAUUGUCUCAGUUCUGUCACUCGACAACCUGUUGCUUGUGAAGAUUUAAAUGCUGGAAAUCUUGUUCAAGAUAAUAUGGAAAUUGAUGAAAGCAAAUCAGGAGAGUCCUGGAUUCUAGGGCUUGCUGAAGGAGAAUAUUCUGAUCUCAGUGUAGAGGAGCGUCUAAAUGCUCUUGUCGUGUUGGUUGGUGUAGCAAAUGAAGGAAAUUCAAUCCGUGUUGUUCUUGAGGAUCGACUGGAAUCAGCAAAUGCUCUGAAGAAACAAAUGUGGGCAGAAGCACAGAUAGAUAAAGUUCGUCUGAAAGAUGAUAUUAUUGGUAAAUCAGAUUUUCCAUCACUUACUGGGAAUAAGGUUGAAACACAAUACACAUAUCCAGCUGUGGGGGACAACCAAAGCCCAAUGCUUGACAUUAAUAUUAACAAUAUUAAUAAUGAAGCAUCACCCAGCACUGCAGAAAACCAAAAGGGAGCUCCUGUUUCACAGAACAUGCCUAUGGAGAAGUCCUCGUCAAUUCAAGAUCUUGGCACGGGUACUUGUGCAGACAUCCCUCAUACUCAGGUACCUGCACAAUAUUCAAAAAGAUCACGUUCACAGUUGAAAUCUUAUAUUGCCCACAUGGCAGAGGAGAUGUAUGUUUACAGGUCUUUACCCCUUGGCCAAGAUCGCAGACGAAAUCGAUAUUGGCAGUUUGUUGCUUCUGCUUCCAGCAAUGAUCCUGGUUCUGGCAGGAUCUUUGUUGAAUAUCAUGAUGGGAAGUGGAGGCUUAUUGAUUCUGAAGAGGCCUUUGAUGCUCUUUUGACGUCAUUGGAUUCUCGCGGGAUCAGGGAAUCUCAUUUGCGCUUGAUGUUGCAAAAGAUUGAGAAUUCCUUUAAAGAAAAUGUUCGAAAGAAGAACGCACGAUGUGCCAAGAAUGGAAGCAGAGGCGAAGUUUCUGUUAAAAUUGAAGCUAAUGAAACAUAUUCUAUCCCUGACCACAAUGCUGGAUCCGACAGUCCUAGCAGUACCCUUCAUGACUUGAACCCUGAUAUAUCUGAAACUUCAUCAUCCUUCAAAAUUGAGCUUGGGAAAACUGAGUGUGAGAAGAAAUCUGCCUGGAGAAGAUAUCAAGAUUUUCAGAAGUGGUUGUGGAAAGAAUGCUAUAAUUCAUCAGUUUUAUGUGCAAUGAGAUAUGGGAUAAAGAGAUGCAAACCUCAGAUGGACAUUUGUGAUGCCUGCCUCAAUCCUUAUUUUGUUGAAGACUCCCAUUGCAAUUCCUGCCACCGGACUUUUCCCUCGAAUACUGGAUUUAAUUUUUCUAAACAUGCAUUUCAGUGUCGUGAUAAGUUAUCCAAAGAUGAUUGUUUUUUGGAAUAUUCGCUUCCCUUGCGAACAAGAUUACUUAAGGUCCUGUUGGCUUUUAUGGAGGUAUCUGUUCUAUCUGAAGCAUUUGGAACAAGUUGGACUGAUGAUAUGAGGAAGCACUGGGGUGUAAAGUUGAGCAAAUCAUCUUCUGUUGAGGAACUUUUACAGAUAUUGACCCUAUUUGAGAGAGCAAUAUGGCGAGAUUUUCUGUCAUCGAACUUCUCUACGACAGAUGAAUUGUUGGGAUUAAGCAGUAUGUCAGAAAGCUUUGUGCAGGCUUCAACUGAUCCUGAAUCUGUUGCUGUGCUUCCAUGGGUUCCACUAACCACUGCAGCUUUGUCUCUCAGGCUUUUUGAGAUUGAUUCAUCCAUCAGCUACGGAAAGUUUGAGGAACAUGAGCCUUGUGAGGAGAAAGAAGCAAGAGAAUACAUAAAGCUUCCAUCGAGAUAUGCUCACACAAAAUCUAAUAGGGAGGUUGAACCAGCAGAAUUUGACCAUAUUGAAUUCACUAAAGAUAAAUCUGUUCAUAAGAAAAUUGUACGAAGUGGCAAUAAACGUGGACGGGGGGCUAGUGAACAAGGUCGGGGUAAAAAGCUGGCUAAAAGAGUGUACAAUUCCAAACGUGAUGGUGGACGCAAGAAUGCUAAGGUCACUGAGAAUCUAAGUCACAAAUUAAAACAUCAGGCACGAAGAACACAAGGACAAGGUGCUGGGCGAGGUCGGUCUGUAAGGAAACCGAGAGUGGGAAAGAGAGCUGUUGAAGAUUUGUUGCUGGGUCAUACGACAGCCAGUCAUAGCUCCAGGAUUGAUAGGGAACCGUUGAGAAACUUCGAUGAGGAAUGGGAUGGCGAAAAGGCAAGUCCCAUGACUCCUGUACACAUUGGGGUUGUUGACAAUAGUAACAGUGCUGAAGAGGUGGAAUCUGAUGACGACAAUGCUCAAGCUGUGGAAUAUGAUCAAGGAAACUGGGAAGUAGGUUUUAAUGGUGUUCCCUCCAACAGAUGGAGUAGGGAUUUGGUUGGAAUGAGUGACGAAGAUGUGGAUGCUUUUGAAGAUGAUAAUGACAAUGAGAAUGGCAUCGAAGAGAAUGAAUUGGAGGAUUCAGAGGCAGAUGUUAUGAGUGAGGGUUCAGAUGGGAUAGCAAAUAGGGUAGUAAAUGUUGGAGGGUCAGACUCGGCUUUGUCUGAAGAUUCUUCUGAUUAGAACAUCCAUUUUUAAUCGCUCAAUGAAGGGAUUUGCACCUGAAGCUGCAUUACAUUUUUUAUAUUGCAGCUAUACAAAAUACAUGAGCUCCAAGUCAUGUCUUGACUUGAAGUGGUUAUGGGUUUAGUAGAUUUAGUGUAUAUUAUCCAUGCAAAAUGGAGCCUUGUAUUUUUUAAGCAUCGUGAAGCAGAGGGCCUUGUAGCCAGCCUCAUUUUGUUUUUGUAUUUUUCUCCAGCAAAGGAACCACAGCUCAUGCCACUGUCACACCACCUCCAAAUGGGCUUGAAAACCCGAAAAACUCCGCAACAAUGUCGUAUAUUUCUUGGUUUGAACCUGAAUGUUGUUGGGCCAUUCCCAGUUUGGAAGAAUGUUGGCCCACCAGUAUUUGGAGGUGGCACUUGUGACUUGCCCUUUAAGCCCUUCUUCUCCGUAUUGAUCAAAAAUUGUCCUCUUUUGAGGAUCACUCAAAACCUGUAUCAAACCAAUACACUGAUUUAGAUUCUUUAUUUCUGCAAAUAAAUAUAAAAGGUGUUAAAUAUA